UCUGGCUUAUCACUGGAACUUCGUAUGCAGUUCAUAAUAACCAAUCGUCAUGCUGAAUGCUGACUUUUUGGUUUUAUAGGACUGGACUCGGGAGAGACCUAGCUCUUGCUGCACUCGAGCGAGGCGAGAAAGUCAUCGCCACUGCCCGUGCACGAUCUUUGCACCUCCUGGGAGAUCUCAAAGAGAAGGGAGCAGAGACACUCGAGCUCGAUGUCACUGCACCUCUUGAUGAUCUCAAAAAGAUCGCAGAGAAAGCGGUAGGAAUAUACGGCCGAGUCGACGUGUUGGUGAAUAAUGCUGGGUAUAUUCUCGUUGGCGCACUGGAGGAGUGCACACCUGAAGAAACCUUCGAUCAGUUUAACACGAACGUAUUUGGCGCGUUGAAUGUGACUCGAGCAUUCCUCCCGUAUAUGCGCGCCCGACGCACAGGUACCUUCGUUUGGUUAGGAUCCAUCGGCGGUUGGCGAGCUGUGCCCAACGCCGGACUCUACGCCGCCACCAAAUGGGCUCUGCGCGGAAUAUCAGAAACACUUCAUGUCGAAGUUUCGCCCUUGGGUCUUCGAAGCGUUUGUAUCGACUUUGGGUACACCCGUACCUCUUUCUUAACGCCAGACCAUCGGAAGCCAUACGUUUCCAAGAUCGAGGACUAUAAAGAGAUCACGGAGAAGGUUGAGAAUGCUCUGCAGGCGUAUAACGGUAAGCAGCCAGGAGAUCCGAAGAAGUGCGUACAGGUAAUGCUGGAUGUUGUUCGGGGGGAAGGAGCUGCGCAAGGGAAGGAGUUCCCCAAGUCACUGUUGCUAGGUUCGGAUUGUUUCAGGGGUGUGCAGGAUCAGAUACAGGAAUAUCUGAAGCUUCAGGCGGAGUGGGAGGACGUGUCGAAGAGUACAGAUUUUUGACUGAUUACUUCAGUAGAUUCGGGGCGAGCUAGUCAUACAAAAAUGUGUGUUUUCUCCUGUUUGAACUUCCAUUGGUGUCUAUGGGUGUGCCAUGGUUCUGUGAGCCGGCCCUAAAUUGUUGACAUCAUUGUUGACUCGGAUCACUUAUCCGUACUGCCGGAC